AUGGCCUACAUCAAGGAACCUUCCUCACUUCCUGAGGUCGAAAACUUGAUUCAUGCUCUCUAUGAACCUGUAUCCCCGGCCAUCGUUUCCCAGAUCCAGGACGUCCUUCAUCGGAUACAGAGGUCCGACCAGGCUUGGGCCCUUGCUCGCGACCUGUUGUCUCGUCCGGACGAAAAGGUCCGGUUCUUUGGCGCAUUAACAUUGAUUGUAAAGCUGAACACAGAUAGCUCCUCGCUCGGUGGGGACGAAUUAAGCGAGCUCUUCACACGUCUCCUAGGCUGGUUCACAGAGUCGGCAUUGGAUACCUCCAGUGGACUUGUCACGAGGAAACUGUCGACUGCCCUUGUUACCUUUUUUCUUCAUUUUCCCACCCACUGUUACCCGUGUUUACGGUAUCUUAUAUGUUGCCUUCAACUGCGACGACACGCCAACCCCAACGACAUUGACGAUGCGUUAGCCUUCAUUCCAAACCUUGAACCUCGCGCAAUGCAAGCCUGUUUGCUUUUCGCAACCGACCUUGUGGAGGAGGCGGCAAAGGUUGAUAUGAAUUCGGCAAAUCAUCUACCCAUCUACGAAGGAAUUCGUGACUCGAUUGAAGAUGUAGCAGCCCUAAUAUCUCUUGGCCUGGACCCGGAAAGAGACGCAAGUUCUAGGUUAUCUCUCCGGAGAAGCGCUAUCAAAUGCCUCCAGGUGCGGGAUCAUCCCUCAAAUCACAAGGUCCCAUGGGCAUCCUUUGCUCACCGUUCCCUACCGCGGUCUGACCCUCUUCUAGAACAUCUCCGUAACCUCAUCCCACGGGUUGUAAACGGACUGGCUGUCGCCUCGGAUGACGCUACAUUUGCCUCCUCGAUGGAAUUACUUUCCGAGCUCCUCUCCAAUCAUCAUGGCUUCCUAACAGUACCACACAUCCGCCUGCUCAUGAACAUGAGCGUUGGCCAGGUUGGUAUUCGGUAUUACGAUCGUUUGAUCCAGGGGGACUUCGAUUUUGAAAACCUGCAAUUUGGUCUAUUCAUGAUUGCUCUUGCAGACUCCCAAAUGGACACGCUACUCGCAGCUGAACCUGACCCGCUUUCUGAAAAGCUUCUUGAGUCGGUUUGUGGUCUUCUGGCUGCGAAGGGCUUUCCCGCAGUAGAUGACCGAAUCUUUACUCCAGCAGUCGAGUUCUGGUCCACAUAUGUCGAGUCCAUGGCCGACUUUGGCGACGGCCAAGAAGCACUUGCUUCCAAAGUGUUUCCGCCCCCUCAAAUUAUUUCUGAAUGGGAUUCCACUGAGCGGGAGGGCUUUAUGGACGCACGGAAAGAUGUGGCGGACCUCUUGCAGUCUAUGUAUGCGAUCUCGGGAAAUAAACUGGUCUCUGUGUUUGUGGACCUCGCAGUACAAGCUACGGCAUCACAGCUUUGGGCGGAGCUCGAGGCAGCUGCGUUCUGCCUAGGCGCGUUUGCCGAUUGCAUCGCAAGCGAGUCGGCGUGCGAUGACGAUCUGAGCAUAACGUUUUCCCCGUCCUUCUUCGGCAUCCUUCGACAGGAUAACCAGAGCAUACCUUUGCGAACCCGACAGUCAUGCAUCGCACUUAUCGAGAAGUUCGCCGAAUACUUCGAGCGAAACGUAUCGAGCCUGCCGGACGCUCUCAAUCUGCUAUUCUCUGUUUUGGGCGACCCCUUAUUGGCCGGGCCGGCAUCUAAGUCUAUACAUAAGCUUUGCUCCUCGUGUAGGACUGUGCUUAUUGGCGAGGUUGAUACCUUUUUGGCCGAAUAUCGAAGGAUCGUCGACCAGGCGCAGCUGGAUUGUCUAGCAAAUGAGAGGAUCACUGGUGCGAUCGGCUCCGUCAUCCAAGCCUUCGACAACGACGAGGCCCAGGCAGCUACGAUCCAUCAACUGCUAGAUAUUUUUUCCGCCGAUGCCCAGCGGUGUAUUCUAGGCGCUAGGAGCGCCGAGCUCGUCGACGUAGACUCGAGCCUUCGUCGCUGCGGGCGCCGCUGUCUGGCAGAUGUUCCCAUCGCUGAAAUUCCACUCCACGUUGGUCUCCGCGUCCUUCGAUGUCUCGUUAACCUAGGCAAGGGUCUGCAGGCGCCCGCAGACGUCCCAGUUGAUCUAGAUACAGAAAAAACGAACUUGACUCGGCGACCUGACACGGAGCCCUUCCGCUCUGUGUAUUCUCGCAUACUGACCAUAGUCACGGAGUUGCAGGUUACGUUCCCCUCGAGUGGUGAAGUCAUCGAAUCCAUCUGCAAUAUCUUCAGAGCUGGCUUCUCGGAGACGGUCCCUGGGCCUUUCGUGUUCCCCCUUGCCACGAUUUCUGGGUAUCUGAUUCGGCAGCCAUUCUCUACUGCUAGAAUCGGAGCCCUCAUCGGCAUGGCCUGCUCAUUUGUUAGUUCGACAACGCCAAGGACCCAGGGCUGGGGCGACGUUAUGCCUCUCACGUUGGACUGGGUCAUCCGCCUUGUCCGCGAACUCCCUAGUGUCGAUUAUGAUCCUGAGCUCUCUCAGCACGCUAUUGAUUUCUGUUGUAGGCUCUUCGUGAAAGACCCUGGUGUUGUCCUCCUCCUCGAACCACAGGACUCCCUCGCCUUCUUCUUUUCCUUUACCCUUACCGUCCUUGACAGCCAAGAACCUCUCCCUAAGGCAGCUGCAGCAGAGUUUUGGGCUACUUUUGCAGGUUACCGCGCACCUAACCAGCAUCACCAGGAGCUAAUCCAGCGCGUAAUGCAAGAGCUGGGUCCGCUAAUCAUGCUCUCGCUCAUGAGGAAUAUAGGAGGUAAUGCUUCGCGAAGCGAGCUUGAUAAACUUAGCGAACCCCUCAAGAAGAUAACAUCACUUCACCCAAUGGCACAGACCUGGAUGCGCGCAGCUCUCCUUCAUCCGAGCUUUCCAAGUCAGAAUAUCUCCGAGGAAGCAAAGCUCUCGUUCGCAAGAAAAGUCAUCAGGUAUGGAUAG